AGUCAUCACAGGGUGAGCGCAACUAAAGUCCACUCUCAAUUACCCUCGCAAGGCCGUUAGGACCAAGAUAAUAUAGUAGGAAUCAUGAUCUCCCUAUACUCUGUUAUAUUCACACUGGUGCUGUUCUCUGAGUUUAACACCCGCUCAGUCGUCUUUGCUGUACAGACAGGCAAGCUGGACGAGGGUAGGACAGAGCAGGAGAGCCUGCGAUCGAUACUAGGCGAAGACAUGAUGAGCGACAACGCUCUGGCUGCCCCGAGGUUCAGACGGGACCUCAUCCUGGACAACGGACUGGACGACAGCAACACAAAGAUCAUCAUUCUUUCAGACAUUGGACUGAAAGGGCACACCAGACGUGGCAUGAACACAGCUUUCUCCCGAGCCCUUCCUGUCCUCCCCGACCGAGCCACAGAUCACUCUCCUGCUGAAUAUAGCCUGAAAGUAGAGCGCAGGGAGGCCGACCUUGAGAUGCUGCGAUGCAUGAUCGGACGAGUGUACCGACCCUGUUCGCAAGCAUAAGAGUGUGGUGGAUCCUACACUGCUGCCCUGCCGCCUGUCAAUCUCCUGCAAAACAUGACACACUUUCCUUAUGUGUUCCUUACACCUGUGGCAUGGUUCUAAAACACAAAUCAUGUAUAAAACAACUAUUAAAAAUGUUUUGAGAAACCUGAAAACAUUUGUACAUGUCAAUUCUGGGUCACAUAAUAUAGCUACAUUUGGAAAGUCACCAUUGUUCAGGUGAAGAAAAUAGGAAAUUCUAUACCGUUUAUGAUAGUAGUAGGGAAGAUGCAUGUGAGAGAGGAGAAGUGUCUAGCGGUGGGCCUUUUGUCUUAGAGGGAGAUAAACUGCAGGCCAAACCUCCGCUUAAAACCCAAACAGAUCUGCUUGGGUUUUAACCACUCUCAGACUUUCCACAUUGCCUCAACAGCUCUUCUGCAUCAUUGCAUUACACUCUCCCACAGACGCACGACAGCUGGCGAUCUUUCUUUCAAAAUGAUGAUGUCUGUCAAUUGUUGGAAAGCACAACAGAGGCAAAAAAUAAAUAGAAAGUACAAUAAAGCCUCUGAAAUCAGGCCAAACUCCACUGGGGGAAAAACAAGUGCAAUUGAUUACAGGAACAUUCAGCUUCAAAGAAGACAGACCAUUGAUUAAAUAAAACAACAUUUCUAGUACUGCAUUCUCCUUCAACACGACAAUGAAUAGUUUACACAAUCUGAAGAAGCUGGUGAGCUUGCCCUGUCCGGCAAUCAGUUUCUUCUUACUUGGGGCUUUCUUCCCUGACAAUUUGGUUGAUGUUACAGUGGUGGAGGGGUUUCUUCAGAGGGAGCUGGUUCUCUGACCCACAAUGUUCGCUACAAUCCACCAGCUUCCGUUUACAGGCCUUGCUGCUUCCUUCUGUCUGGAUGUUGGUCUUCAGACCGCCCCCGCCUGCUCCACUCCUGGGCCCCAGCGCUGUGGCAACCCCCCGGGUCGUGCC